AUGGCGAUGGCGAUGGCGGCGGGCGCGGUGCUGGUGCGGCUGUGCCCCGCGCCCCAGCCCGGGGAGAAGGCGCGGCUCAAGCUGCAGCGCUACUUCCAGUCAGCCAGGCGCUCGGGGGGCGGCGAGUGCGAGGUGCGCCCGGGGCCCGCGCCCGGCACCUUCUGGGUGCAGUUCCAGCAGGAGAUAGUCAUGCUGCGGGGAGAAGGGGAGGCGAGCCAGGCUGCGGAGCGGGGUCCCCCCAGCCCUGCGCUGCCCCCCGGCGCUUCCCCGCCCCCCCGGGAGCCGCGGGCGGCCCGAGGCCGCGGGGACACGGCCGGGGACACCUUCACCAACAAGAUAUUUCUCACAGUAUCUGCAACUUUGAAUACCAGUAUGUUCACUGAAUGCCAAAGGGAGAAAAUUACCACUCUGUGUCCAAAUUUAAAAAGAGAAGGAAAUCCUGAUAUUGAUGGUUUUGAGAAACUGACAGGAGAUUUUACGGAUAUUGAAAAGGCUUAUCACUAUUUUAAGGAUAUCCUUGCAGACAAUGACUCAAACCAUGAUUUUUCACCUUCUGAAAGUAAGAAUAGUCUGGAAGAUGAAAAUGGCCUAAGUACUGAAGAAACGAAUGAGCUUAAAGUUCUGCCUGCUCUAUAUGAAUAUUUCAGUCAUGCUUGCAAAGAAGAAAUCCAAACACUGCAAGAACGUUUUGGAGUGUCUAUAAGAUGCAAAUAUCAUGACAAGGAAAGCAUAUCAGUGUGCUUCACUCCUGUUAAAAGUUCGGCAUCAAUACAAAAAGCUAAAGAUUUUUUUAUCACAGCUUUUCAGGAACAUGCAAGAGAUCUGAAACAGGAAAAAAUUCCCAUAACAAGCAGAGACAAGUUAAAUGAAACAAUAACAAAACUAAAUGCUAGGUUUAGUCAUCUUCUUGCCAAAGAGGAAGAGAAUCAAUUGCUACUCCGUGGUCCAGGGCAUUCGAUUUUACAUGCCAAAAAAUUUCUGGACCAGGAAGGUGAAAACAGCAAAGCUGAAAAGAAUAUGAACAUGUCAUCAGAUCUGUACAAAUACAGGAAUGGAAUUGAAGUUGAUGCUUCCAUGUUUAAAUUGUUGGAAACAAUAUUAAGCAAAGACAUUGAAUACAUUCAAGAUAAAUUUGGUACAGUAACAGAAAAAAAAGGCAGUUCAUAUGGCCAGAAGAUGUUAAUCACAUUUAGGCCUAGGAUCAAAACUUUUGAUAUGACUCCACAUGCUACUGAAAGUUUCAUCAAUGCGUUUCAGAAUGCUGCUGCAAGGUUGAGAGAGAAACUCAUCAGCCUGAGGCUUUCAGAAGAUCAGGAGAAGGCAUUAAAUAUGCUACUUCAUGGAAAACAAUUGGAAGAGCUGCAUGUAAAACUUAAGAAGGAGGACAACAAAUUAAUUUUAAGUGGUUUACCAAACCAUCUUUAUGCUGCUGAAAAGCACAUUAUGGACCUUCUAAACCCUGAAGACUCAAUGCAAACUAAAAGCACAACACUGCGGUCCUCCGGUGUCAGCUACCAGGAAGUUACAGGAGCAUCUGAGAAGAAAUACAAUGGCAAGCAAAAGAACAAUCUUAUUUCUGAAAAACAGCGUAAGGCAAAGACAGAUGAGGAAGACAAAGACAAGUGUCCGAUUUGCAUGGAGACAAUUAGUGAUAAAGAAACACUGAGAAAGUGUAAGCAUGAGUUCUGCAAAAGUUGCAUUGACCUGGCCAUGACUUAUAAGCAAUGUUGUCCUGUUUGUAAUACUCCUUAUGGACACAUAGAAGGAAACCAACCAGAGGGAACAAUGUCAAUUCGAACGCUGGCUAAAAGUCUCCCUGGUUAUCCCGAUUGUGGUACUAUUACGAUUACAUAUAACAUGCAAGGUGGUAUUCAAACUGACAAACAUCCAAACCCAGGGAGCCCUUACAUGGAGACUACUCGAGUGGCAUAUUUACCUGACAAUAAGGAAGGGCGAGAAAUUCUGCAGCUCCUUAGAAGAGCCUUUGACCAAAAGUUGAUUUUCACAGUGGGGUGCUCACGUACUACUGGUGCAGAAGGUGUCAUCACAUGGAAUGAUAUUCACCACAAAACUUCUAUGUGGGGAGGACCUACCCAUUUUGGUUACCCUGAUCCUGAUUAUCUGCAGCGGGUUCGAUCAGAACUGAAAGCAAGAGGAAUUGAAUAA